AUGCUCUUCUCCAAGCGUAUAAGGCCCUUCAUCACUCUCAGCUCCACCUCAAACGCCACAACAAACAUUAAUAAAAACACUAAAACGUACAAAACAAGAGUGGAUGAAAGAGGAGGCGCGAAUCCCACGUGGGGCGACAAGUUUGUGCUGCCGUUUGAACAAUUCGUAGUCAACGAGAGAUAUCCGGGAGUUUACCUUCAGCUCUACACGAAGCAUCUUUUGAUGGGCCGGACUCAACUUGGGUGGUGUUUGAUUCCAUCAGCCGACAUUGUGAGCCGGUUUUCGCCGGUGGGUUCGGUUCAUUUCUUGAGCUACCGUCUGAGGGCUAAGGAUGGGUCGAGGGGUCAUGGGGUGUGGUCAAUGUUGCGGUCAAGCUAG